AGAGACGUUGGAUAACUGCCGUAAAGUAUUAGUAGAGAGGAUACUCGAUUAAGCAGAGCUUUGAAGAGUUUUGAGGUUAUAAAAGGCGUUUGGAAGAAAGUAACGGCAGUAUUGAAGAAGACUAGUCUCGUGUCCGGCAACUUGAAAAAAUCUUCCACAUCAGGGAAUACACAGUUAUGAAAUUGGUUAUGUGAGAAGCAAGACAAAUCUCGCGAGUGAAUUCUAUGUCAAUAACAUGUUGGUUCCAAAUAUCGUUAGGGUAAUGCGGGUGCAUAGGCUGGCGGAUUUGGAUGUCUGACAAAUAUUUAUAAAUGUAUGGAAUGAUUUAUUGAUAUUUACGGCUGAACAUGGUGAAGGAGAAGCCAAAUUCAAUCCGUAUCUACGAUUCGGAGGGUUAUAGGCGCAGAGCUGCAUGCAUCUGCGUCAAGAAUGAUCUCGAGGAUGAGGUUCUACUGGUCACAUCCAGUAGAAGGCCUGAUAGUUGGAUAGUACCUGGUGGAGGUGUAGAGCCGGAAGAGGAACCAGCGGUUACUGCACUUAGGGAAGUCAGAGAGGAGGCUGGUGUUCUAGGACAAUUGGGUCGUUGUCUUGGCAUAUUUGAGAAUGUGGAACACAAACAUAGAACACAGGUAUGGGUUAUGCGGGUAACCGAAGAGCUGCCAGAAUGGGAAGAUUCACGUGCUAUCGGUCGGAAACGGAAAUGGUUUUCUAUAUCAGAGGCUCUGCUGCAACUGGCAAAGCACAAGCCCGUCCAGCGCUCGUAUCUACAUAGCCUCCACAAUACUAAUCCACGGCAUAAUCCUAAUAUUCCACCGUCUCACCAACUAUUCAAGUGAUAAAUAUUUCUAGCAACAAUAUCCAUUUUAAUAAACACAGUUAAUAUCACACACCA